AUGAGUACUAAUAAAUUUGAUGCUGAUACACCAAUAAGGGAUAACAAAAUAAAAAAUGAAUCUAACGAAUAUAACAACUUUAACGAAUAUGACGAAUAUAACGAAUGUAUCAACUAUAAGGAAUAUAACGAAUAUAACAACCAUAACGAAUAUGAUGAAUAUGACGAAUAUAACAACCAUAACGAAUAUGGCAAAUAUAAUGAAUAUAACCAUAACGAAUAUGACAAAUAUAAUGAAUAUAACCAUAACGAAUAUGAUAAAAAUGAUAAAUCCGACGAAUCUAAAGAGUUUAAUGAGUAUAAUGCUAAAAAUGAACAAAACAGUAAUAUCUGUUUGUGUAUUCACAAUAAUGUAAAUAUUUUUUGCGAUAAAAUUGACAAUUUUUGUAAUAUUGGUAGUAUUCUAAACACUUUUGCUAAUGUAAGGGGCAUAAGCAAUUUUAAGAUAAAUAAAUGCAAUGUAAAGGAUAUUAGAAAUAUACAUAAUAAUAUUCACAUGAAUAUAUGUAACAUCAGAAACAACGGAAAUGACAAAAGCAAAAUGAAUAAGACAAAUGAUAUAGUCUGUGGGUGCGAAAUGAACAGUACAGAAAAUAAUAAACAUUACAUAAGAAAUAAUAUUUCUGCGUAUAUUCCCAAAUAUAUUAAUAGUAAUAAUUUGUUAAAUAACGUUAAUGCUUUUAAUCAUGUUAAUACAAAUAGUAAUGCAUUUAUUAAAGAUGAAAACAAUACAAGCUAUAAUAAAAGAAAGUCUAAAGAUUUUAACAGUUUAGAUAUCAUCCAUAAAAAAAAAUGUAUUGAAGAAAAAGAAAUUUUACUUAAUGAAUCACAUAGUGCAGAUAAUUUACUUAAGUGCAAGGAUUCAAAAUUAAACGAUACUUCUUAUUCUUUAAACAUUAAGUGCAGCAAUAAUAACGAAGCUAAUAUUUUUAAACGAAAUAAUAAAAGUGAAAUAUUUAGGGGAAAUUAUUAUAAAAAUUGUGUGUGCAAAAUGGAAAAUAAUGAAGAAUUUUAUGAUAUCCCCACAGAGAGUCCAUGUACUAAGGUGAAGUUUGACACAUUUAUGGAAUCGCAACAUGAGAAUAGCUUAUUAAAUUAUAACAGGGAUAUCGAUACUUUUUUAAGUAAAGAAUUUGAUAGUUAUGAUGCACAUUUUAAUUGUAUUGAAAGUAAUUUAAGGGACAACUCAAUCGAAAAAACUACCUAUAUGAGAAACAAAAGUGGGAACGACCCUUACAAUUUUACAAAAAGUGAGAGUAGGUCAUAUAAUUGUACAAAAUGUGAGAAUAGGCCAUAUAAUUUCUCAAAAUAUCAGAAUGUUUCAUCCACUUUUGUAAAAAAUAAGAUUAAUGAGAAGCAUACAAAUUUACAUGAACAGGGAAAUAUUUGCACGUUGGGAGAAGGUGAAGAAACAUUAAAUUGUCCACAUAUGAAAGAAGUGGAAAAAAAUGAUGUAAUAUAUAAAAAAAUGGAACAAAAUUAUAAAAAUAUUAUGAACAACCACGAAAAGAGCAUUAAAUGUUCAGAAAAAAUGUUAACUUUUGAUGAACAGUUAAUGAAUAAUAACACCCCUUUUUUUUCUUGUACUUACGACUGUCUUGUCAACAGUGAGGGGGAAAAUGUGAAAGACAGUAAAAGCGGUAUUAAUAAUUCACAUAGUAAGAAAAAAAAUGAAAAUUUGAUUAAUUAUGAUAUGCAUUUAACGGAUGAAAAUAGAGUUAUAAGUGAAAAUAUGACCUAUACGAAUAGUUUACUUAAUAUUUACGAAAAGGAUAAUUCAUAUAAUGGAUAUGUGUGCAAUAUUUAUUAUAAUAAAAAAAAUAUGAACAUGUACAUAAAUAAUUUUAAUAAAAAUAGAGAGGAAUGUAGUGAUAAUAAUAUUUGUAAGAAUCACACCUCGACAUAUGUAAAUAAGUUUACAAAGUCUGUAAUAUAUACAGGGGAAAAAAACAGGACUUUAGUUGAAAGUAUAAAUUGCUAUGAUUAUAAUUUAGUUGCAAAUAAGAAAGAUUUUUUAUUUGAAAAAAAUGGAUCAAAUGAAAAAUGUUUUUACAUGAACGGUCAUAAUUUUGUGAAUAUUUUAAAAAAAAAUACAAACCCGAAAAAUACAAUUUAUUGUUAUGGAAAAAAAGACUCGCAUAAUUUUUUUAACAAAAACAUUAAUUGCGAAAUUAAAGAUUCACACAUGAACACAAGUAAUAUAUAUGAAAGUACUUGUGAUCAAAAUAACAAAAAAAAUGUAUAUAAUGAGAAAAAGAACGUACAUAUGGACCUAUUAAAAAAGUCAACUACGUAUGACCAUGUAUUAACAAAUAAUAUUUUAACAAGUAAAUUUAAUAAUAAUAAAAUAAAAGUAACUUCUGAAGGUUAUAAAAAAAAUGAAGAUAAGUUAAACAAAGAUAUGACACAGUUAGUUAAUGAUCAUAUUUUGAACGAGAUAAAUUAUGGGUUUCCAAAUAAAAUGGAUGAUAUGCAAAUUGCGAAUGAAAAUGUUGAAGAUAGGCCCUUACUCGUUUUAGCAGAAGAGCUGCUUUUAAAAAAUAAUUUUAACGAAAUAAAGCAUAAUGAAGUAAUAUUAAACAGUAAUAAUAAUAAUUAUGGUGAUAAUUAUAGCAGUAAUACAUGUAAUAAUAAGAAUAAUUGGAGUAAUAGUAAUAAAAGGAAUAAUAACGAGGAUAAAGAAAUGUUUACGCGUGCAAAAUAUUAUGUAGAAGACAGCCGCAUCAGUAUUUCACGCAAUAAACACCUUAAUUUAAAACCAAGCGGGAUUGACAGUUAUGCAAAAGGACAGCCAAAUGGAUUAUACGAAUUUUUGGAGAUUUAUGAUAAAAGCGAAGUUAUAGAUAAACGGAAAGAAAAUGAAAUCGAUGAGUUUUUGGACAUUUAUGAUUGUGCUAAUAGUAAAGGGAAUAUUAAAAGGAGUAGUAACAGCAAUUGUAAAAAUAGCAGUCAUAGUAACAGUAACUGCAAUAGCAACUACGAUAGCAACUGCAAUAGCAACUACGAUAGCAACUGCAAUAGCAACUACAAUAGCAACUACAAUAGCAACUGCAACAUCAACUACAACAUCAACUCUCACAGUAAUAGCAAUAGUAAUCACAAUAAAUGCUCGACUAAUAAGGUUGAAAGCCCAAAAGACGAAUUUUUAGAAAUUUACAACAAAAUUAAUGGAAUUGCGCAGAGUGACAAAAAUGACAAGGAUGAUGAGUUUUUAGAGAUUUAUUUGAAAAAUGAAAAUAUAAAAAGUAAAAAAGUGGAUGAGUUUUUCGAAAUUUACGAUAAAAUAACUGAUAAGGAAAAAGAUACUGAGGCAAAUGAACAACAUUGUGUUUUUGAUAAUUUGAAAAAAGGUGAAAUCCUUGAAUUUAUGGAUGGUUACGAUGUAAAUAAGAAUUUAAACAAUUUGAAAAAUAAUUUAUCGUUUGUAUAUGGUUCAGAAAAAAGUGUUAGUUUAAAUAAAGACACCUUAAAUAGAAUAAGAAAUAUAACAUUAGAUGAAAAUAGCAGUUCGUAUAAUGGGAAUGUUAACAUAAAUAAUAAGUUAAAUGUAUCAGUUACUUAUCCUUUAGGAACAGAAAUUAACAUAAAGAAUGAUAAUUUAAUAAAUAGUAGAAUAGUAGGAUGUAAUGAUAUGAACAGUUCAUGUAAUAAAAAUACAGUUCCAAAUGAAGAAAGUGAAAUAGACUAUUUACAAUUAUACAGUAAGAAUUACACAUGCGACAUAAAUAAUAAGGCGAAUAGGUCAUUUAUGUAUGCUUCCGGAAAAGAAGUUAGCAUUAAUAAAAAUAUUUUAAAUGAAAUGAGACAAAGACUAUUUAAUGAUGACAACAACGAAGCGAGUGAUAGAAAUAUAAACGUAGGUGGUGUGCUGAACAGUUCAUUUACAUAUGCAUCCGGAAAAGAAGUUAAAAUAAAUAAAAAUAUUUUAAAUGAAAUGAGGCAUAGGCUAUUUGAUGAUGAUAAUAAGGAAGCGUGUGAUAGAAAUAUAAACGUAGGUGGUGCGCUGAACAGUUCAUUUACGUAUGCCUCAGGAAAAGCAAUUAGCAUAAAUAAAGAUAUAUUAAAAGAAAUGAGACAUAGACUAUUUGAUGAUGAUGAUAACGAAGCGAUUGAAACAAGUAUGAACGUAAAUAAUGACCACAAUGGUUCAUUUACUUAUGCCUCAGGAAGAGAAGCAAGUAUAAAUAAGGAUAUAUUAGAAGAAAUGAGAAACAAGCUAUUUAGCGACGAUUUUGAGGAGAAGGAAGGAUAUACAGAAAAUGUUAAAAAUAUUAAAAAAUGUGGAAAAAAUGAAAAAAUUGAUAAAAAUGAUAAAAAUGAAAAAAUUGAUAAAAAUGAUAAAAAUGAAAAAAUUGAUAAAAAUGAAAAAAACGAAAAAAUUGAAAAAAUUGAAAAAAUUGAAGCAAAUAUUACUUCUGAAAAUUGUAAUGAAAUUAUGUUUAAGGAGAAAAACGAGGCAACCUGUGGUUCUCUAGUGUUAUACAUAUCAGAGAAAGAAGAAGAGGAAUACACAAAUGAAAAAACAUACAAGAAGGUAAAGAGCGCAUUAAAUAAUGAGGAUAAUUAUAUACAUGUUGAAAAAAUAAAUAAAACAAAAGUAACGAAUGUCCUUCAUGAUGUAGGGAAUAUAUCAAAAAAAAAAAGAAAAUUUGGAGGUUUAUUUUUAGAUGAUCAAGAAGCUGUUGAUUCUAAGGAGAAUAGAAGCAUCUAUUCGAAGUAUGUCACAAAAAAGAAUUUAGAAAAAAUUGCUUCCUUAUAUAAAAGUAAUAUUAUAGAAGUGUGUGAGGGAUGGGUAGUAAAGGAACAGGAAUUAUACGAAUCAGAAGGAUAUAAUGAAAUUAUGAAAAAAGUACAAACAUUUAAAAAGGAGUGUUGCAAUAAUAGCAGUACUGAUGGCAAUAUAGGUGGCAGCAGUGGUAGCAGUAGUGGCAGUGAUGAUGGCAUAUUUUUGGGCGAUAAUACUAUUUUACGAAAAAAGGAAGGAAUAAAAAAAUUAAAUAAUAAUGUAAAAAGUAAGAAAAAGAAAUUUAUUAACCCAAGGAAACGUAAGAUAAACAACGAAACAAAGGAAACCGAGAUUGUAGAACUCAUUAAUAGCAGUAAUAAUAAUAAUACGAAUAAAGAACUAGAUUUAAAUAUGAAUGUAAGAAAUUAUUUAAAAUUAAUAAAAGAUAUAUUUGUCUGUUUGUCAAAAAAUAAAAAGUUAAAAAAUAGGAGUAUGGUGAAAAACACCUUAAUGUUCAUAAAUGAAAAUAAAAGUCCAUAUACAUUUAAUUGGUUUAAUAAUGAUUAUUUAUAUUUUUUUAAAAAUAUAGAGAAGAAUGAAUAUUAUGUAUCUGAUAUGAAUGUACUUUAUGAACUCUUUAUAUUAAUAACAAAACAGAUGAAUAUAUUUGAUGCUUAUGAUUUUACUUGGUUUUCAAAAAAAUAUAAAAUAAUAACUACAGAAUUAAUACGUAAAUAUAAAAAGGAGUUGAAAGGAAAGUAUACAAGUAUGAAGAAGGAGUUUAUUGGUAUGAAUGGAGACUACAAAUAUGGUUUUAACAACAUAGUAGAUUCUAAAUCCCAUUACAAGAAAUUUAUCCAAGCAUAUCUGAAUGGAAAAAACGUCUUUUUGAGCGAAAAUAUGGGAAAUAGGGAUUGGAAUCGUCAUAAUGUGAAUAAUACUAGUGCUAAUGACAAUAGCGGCAGUAAUUCUAAUUCUAAUGAUUAUGUAGGUUCCCAAGAGGAUGGAGUAAAAAUUGGGACCUACAAUAAUGGAGGAGUACGAAAAGGAAAGGAAAUUUACAAUUAUACUUGUGAUGACAAAUAUAAAUUUCGCGAAGAAGUAAACGGAAGUGCAUUCAUGGGUGCAAGCACACGUUCGCAAAGUGAAGCAGCAAAAGGUAGUGAAAUUGUACAUUGUAGUAAGACAAGUAAGAACAGCGAAAUGUACGACAAAGCGAAUGAUGGUUACAGCAGCACAUGCGAUGAAUGGUUUGGCGUGUCCGAUGUGGAUGAAUGGAAUUCAGAAAAAAGGGAAGAUGAUAAAAUAAAAAAAAAUAAUUAUUCGAUGAUGAUGAUGAUAAUUAAAAGUAUUGAUGAAGUCGAACCACCUUCACCUAUUGAGUUUAUGUUUAAGUUGUUAAAAAAAUAUAUUGAAGAAAAGAAAAAAAAAAAGAAGUGUAUUUUACAAUUAAUACAAGACAACAGCUUGUCGUAUAAGGUGCCUGUAAAUGUACGAGUGGAAAAAAUUAUUAGUAUAAAGAAAAAAGAAGAAGGGGAAGAAGCGGGAGAAAAGGAGGAAGGGGAAGAAAAGGAGGAAGCGGAUGAAAAGGAGGAAGCGGAUGAAAAGGAGGAAGCGGGUGAAAAGCAGGAAGCAGGUGAAAAGCAGGAAGCGGGUGAAAAGCAGAAAGCAGGUGAAAAGCAGGAAGCGAGUGAAAAGCAGGAAGCGGGUGAAAAGGAAGAAGGAGAAAAACAUGAGUAUAUGCUAAUUUUAAGUGACAACUUUGAUUACAUCUAUUGUAAGUUAAGAGAUGACCAUUUAAAAAAUUUAUUAAUUGGUCGUAAAAUUAGAGAAGGUAAUAUUUUAAAAAUUAAUUCUUUUGAUAUGUCAAAUAACAUACAAGAAGAAAGUGGAAAUAUAAAUUUAAAAAAAGGACAUUUCUUCACCCUUUCUAGUAAUGACUUAAUAAAUAUUGACAAGAAAAAUGAGUUGAAAAUAGGAUUAUCAAAAUAUAAAGCUAAAAGAAUUAGGAGUAUCCAAGAUUUUGGAAAUUAUUGUUUUUAUAUUGAUGUAAUAAUUAUAAGUAAGAGUGAUUUUUCCUAUGGGUUUUAUGACCAAACAAGGAAAAAAUAUUUUCUUUUAAAUAGUACUAUUUAUGAAAAGAUUGUUUAUAAUUUAAAAAAUGAAUUGACAAAGUUCUAUCAUGAACAAAAUUUUCAAGAAAACAACAUACAAGAGAAUAGUAAAUAUCAAAAAUUAAAAAAUGAGUUGAGUAUGUAUCUCGAGGCAACUACUUUUUGCACACUACAAGCCAUAGAUUUCGCUUCCUCCGAAAAAAUAAAGGAUGAGGCAAUCUUCGAUGACAAAAUAGAGCAAAUAAUAAAUUCAUUGUGCCAAAUUGAUCAUGAAACAUAUGAAAAUUUGUGCAAAGGUAGCCGCAUUCAACUAUUUAAUGUCUUUGUUCAAAAAUCAAAUAGAAAUUAUAAAUUUAGAAAAUAUUCCGAAGAGCAUAUAUUGGAUGAUUUUAUGUAUAACAUAUUCCAAGGAAGUAAAAGAGUUAACUAUAUGAAGAAUCCAUUAAAUUAUGAUAUAUUUGAAUCUCUUUUUUUAAAAGAAGACAGAAAAAACAGCGAUGCUACUUCCUGUAGUGAUUAUGAUAAUUAUUUAAAAUAUUUCAGUAGCACCUUUUCAAAACGUUCACAGUUCACACCUAUUGUUUUUCAAGCAACUCACUUAACGCAUAUUAAUUUUAAUUGCAAUUAUAAAAGUAAAUUAUUUGAUGCUCUUCAUAGGGCGUUAACUAAAAGGAGUUGUGUGUCAGUAAAGGAAGAAGGUAAUAACAGUAAUGGUACUAAUAGUAGUAAUAACAGUAAUGGUACUAAUAGUAGUAAUAAUAGAAAUGGUGCUAAUAGUAGUAAUAAUAGAAAUGGUGCUAAUAGUAGUAAUAAUAGAAAUGGUGCUAAUAGUAGUAAUAACAGGUACGAAGUGGAACAUAUGGGAAAGGCGACAGAAGAGACGGAAGGGGUAUACCCACCUUUUAUUUAUACAAAUGUUUUUAAAAUACCUGUAUUAUCAAGAACGCAUAUGGACCUUUUCAAAAACUAUGUAAAGUUAUAUGGUAAUGCUAAGAAUUUGUGCUUUGAUCUGAUUAGAGGGAAUUUUUAUACUGUCUCGGGACUGAUAGUUCAUUAUACGGACGUAGAAAUUAAGGAAGUAGUUGAUUACAGAUGUGCUGAGAAUAAUAAAAAAGUUAUGUAUUACAAAAUUUUUUUGCUAACAUCGAAUGGAAAUUUAUGCUGCAUAAGCAUUUCAAUGGUAUCUCCAGAUUUUUUAGUUUCAGCUUAUAAAAAGGACUUUGAGUACAAGGAAAGAGAAAUAUAUAAAAAGAUGAUUCAUGUAGAGUACUGUUAUACGGACAUGAAGGAAAAGAAAAAUAAUGAUAAUAAAAAAUAUGAUAUGGAUGGUAAUAAUAGUAAUAAUAAUAUUAAUGGUAACAAUAGCAGUAACAAUAGCAGUAACAAUAGCAGUAACAGGAGCAGUAACAGGAGCAGUAACAUCAACAGUAUCAGUAGUAGUAAUAAUUUCAAAUCGAGUAGGAAUUAUUCUAAUAAUAACCAUUACUUAUUUAAUUACUUAUAUAAAUAUGAACGAAAAAGUGAAGAAGAAUACAGUACCAAGGAUGAUGUACUUUUAAAAAAGGGGGAUAUUUUCAUUUUUUUUAAAGACGCAGAAUUUAUAAACUACGAUGAAAAGUAUGACAUUUUUAACUUCCGCUCCUACCAUCACCCGAAUUUUCACAUUUUAAAGCUGUACUCAAACGAGUUUGAGAGCAUAAAUAGGGACUUGGCAGAAUUAAUACGGGAAAAUUACAUAACUUGUGAUAAUAAUAGACUAGUAGUAAAAUUAGUGGACAACGACAAAAUGAAUCUUAAUAAGGACAAUUUACAUUAUAUGCGCUUUUUGUAUUUGUUAAUUUAUUCAAAGUGGAAAUCUAUUGAAUUAACGGGAGUUUGCUUAAAAAAUAAUUAUUUACCCAACUUCUUAAAAAAUAUCUGGAAUAAAAUUGUUAAGUGA